CAGCCGUGGGCCGGAGCCGAGUUCUCCCUCCCAGGUAAACCUGGCGAGGCCUGCGUUCCCUUAGGUCAUUGACUCGAGAAGACUACUUGCCUGAGACUGGCGAGGCUGGAUGGGAAUUGUAGUCUUCCUGGGACUUGUAAAUUCCUUAAUCUAUUUUUCGCUCUCAAGAUACGAAAACGCAGCACUCCAAUCCAUAUCUGUUGACGUGUAUAAACGCACGUAGCUCUUCCAUUUAUCAACGGGGUUGCGUGAGAAUCGUGCCUGCUUCCGGCGUCGGAAGCUCCAUUCCAUAAGACUACAGUUUCCAAGGAUCACUGUGGCGAAGGCCUUUCGAUCCGCAAUGCAUGCUGGAAAUGGUAGUUCCCCCCCCCCCACUACCUUUUUAUUUACCUAAACUGCAUACUUCCAUUACGGCGGAAAGGGUGAGGAAACGGGGCCUCUACUUGCGACAGUUAUAGGCACUGUCUUGCGCUCAUAUUCGGGCCUCAGUGGCAUUCUGACCCUAGUUCAGCAAUCACUAUGACGUAAUAGGCCGCAACGGAAGCGUAGAGGUGAAGGGGCGGACAGCUCAUGGAAGGCGCGUGAGAAUUCUUUCUCUUCCGUCUCUUUUGAUUACGCAAGAGAGGACAGAAUGGCUGACCAAUCGGAAGCUCCGAGAGUCUCUCGGCUCCUUAGGCCCCGCCCCUAGGAAACGUGUUUUGAUCUCAUUUUCUGAGAAGCUCUAGCUCAGCGGCGGAAUGGUUUCCGUGGAGACAGAAAAGCGCGGGAAUUACAGAAAAAUUGAAAUUGCGAUUGCGCGCCCUGAACUCUCAGAGGCUUUCUGGAUCGAGGAUCUUCUAGAGGAUCUUUUCAGAAAACUGGGCCCCUGGCUCUUGGAAGCCUAGGCGAUCUGCUCUGGGUAAAAGUGAGAGCGCUCUGGGGCAGGAAAAGGGGCCCAAGAGGACACUUAAAAUCUGUGUGUAAAGUUCAUUGGAACAGGAAGAAAUGGAUUUAUCUACAGAUCGAAUUGAAGAAGUACAAAAUGUUCUUAAUGCUAUGCAGAAAAUUUUAGAGUGUCCAAUCUGUCUGGAGUUAAUCAAAGAGCCUGUUUCCACAAAAUGUGAUCACAUAUUUUGCAAAUUUUGUAUGCUGAAACUUCUCAACCAGAAGAAAGGGCCUUCACAGUGUCCCCUGUGUAAGAAUGAUAUAACCAAAAGAAGCCUACAAGAAAGUACAAGAUUUAGUCAACUUGUUGAAGAGCUAUUAAAAAUCAUUCAUGCUUUUGAACUUGACACAGGAUUGCAGUUUGCAAACAGUUAUAACUUUUCAAAAAAAGAAAAUAAUUCUCCCGAACAUCUGAAGGAGGAAGUUUCUAUCAUCCAAAGUUUGGGCUACCGAAAUCGUGCCAAAAGACUUAGACAGAAUGAACCUGAAAAUUCUACCUUGCAGGAAUCCAGUCUUAGUGUACAACUCUCUGACCUUGGAAUUGUGAGAUCUCUGAGGACAAAGCAGCAGAUACAGCCUCAGAAAAAGUCUGUCUACAUUGAAUUGGGAUCUGAUUCUUCUGAAGAUACAGUUAAUAAAGCAAGUUACUGCAGUAUGGGAGACCACGAAUUGUCACAAAUCACCCCUCAAGGAGCCAGGGUGGAAGCCAGUGUGAAUUCUGCAAAAAAGGGUGCUUGUGAGUUUUCUGAGAAGGAUUUAACCAAUAUCGAACAUCAUCAAUCCAGUAAUAAAGAUUUCACCACCACUGAGAGGCAUGCAACUGAGAAGCAUCCAGAAAAGUAUCAGGGUAUUUCUGUUUCAAACUUGCAUGCAAAACCAUGUGGCACAAAUACUCAUGCCAGCUUAUUACAACAUGAGAACAGCAGUUUAUUACUCACUGAAGACAGAAUGAAUGUAGAAAAGGCUGAAUUCUGUAAUAAAAGCAAACAGCCUGACUUAGCAAGGAGCCAACAGAACAGAUGGGCUGAAAGUAAAGAAACAUGUAAUGAUAGGCAGACUCCCAGCACAGAGAAAAGGGUAGGCCUGACUGCUGAUCCCACGUGUGGGAGAAAAGAACCGAAUAAGCAGAAUCCUCCAUGCUCUGACAGCCCCAGAAAUUCCCAAGGUGUUGCCUGGAUAACACUGAACAGUAGCAUUCAGAAAGUUAAUGAGUGGUUUUCCAGAGGUGAUGAAAUGUUAACUUCUGAUGACUCAUGUGAUGGGGGGUCCGAAUCCAAUGUUGAAAUGACUGGUGCAGUAGAAGUUCCAAAUGCAGUGGAUGGAUUUUCUGGUUCUUCAGAGAAAAUAGACUUAAUGGCCAGUGAUCCUCCUGCUUUAAUGUGCAAAAGUGAAAGAGUAUACACUAAACCAGUAGAAAGUAAUAUUGAAGAUAAGAUAUUUGGGAAAACCUAUCGGAGGAAAACAAGCCUCCCCAAUUUGAGCCAUGUGACUGAAGGUUUAAUUAGAGCGACGUCUGCCACAGAACCUCAGAUAGCUCAAGAGCGUCCCUUCACAAAUAAAUUAAAACGUAAAAGGAGAACUACACCAGGCUUUUGUCCUGAGGAUUUUAUCAACAAAGUAGAUUUGGCAGUUGUUCAGAACACUCCUGAAAAGAUAAGUGAGAGACCUGACCAAAUGGAUCAGAAUGGCCAAGUGGUGGGUAUUACUUAUAAUGCUCAUGGGAAUGAAACAAAACGUGAUUAUGCUCAAAAAGAGAAAAGUGCUAAGCUGACCAACUCACCAGAAAAAGAAUCUUUCAGCAUUAAAGCUGAACCCAUAAGUAGCAGUAUAAGCAAUAUGGAACUAGAAUUAAAUAGCCAUACUUCAAAAGCACCUAAGAAGAACCGGCUGAGAAGGAAAUCCUCUACAAAGCAUAUUCAUGCACUCGAACUAGUGGUCAAAAGAAAUCCAAGCCCUCCUAAUCAUACAGAACUACAAAUUGAUAGCUGUUCUAGCAGUGAAGAGAUGAAGGGAAAAAAUUCCAGCCAAAUGCCAGUAAGACACAUCAAAAGGCUUCAACUUAUGGAAGAGAAAGACCCUGCAACUGGAGCCAAGAGUAACAAGCCAAAAGAACAAAUUAAAAGAUUUGCCAGUGACACUUUGCCAGAACUAAAUUCAACAAGCAUACCUGGUUUUCUUAGCAAUAGUUCAAGUUCUAAUAAACCUGAAGAGUUUUCCACUCCUAGCCUUCAAAGAGAAGAACUAGAAGAGAACCUCAGAACAAAUCAAGUGUCUGAUAGUACCAAAGAUCUGCUAUUUAGUGGACAAAGAAGUUUGCAAACUGAAAGAUCUGAAGAGAGUACCAAUAUUUCAUUGGUACCUGAGACUGAUUUUGGCAGUCAGGAUAGUAUCUCACUACUGGAAACUGAUAUCCUAGGGAAGGCAAAAAAAGCACCAAAUCAGUGCUCAAGUCUGUGUACAACAAUUGAAAAUGCCAAGGAAUUUAUUCAUAGUUGUUCUAAAGAUACUAGAAAUGACGCACAGGGUUAUAAGGAUCCACUGAGAUACGAAGUUAGCCAUACUCAGGAGACAAGCAUAGAAAUAGAAGAGAAUGAACUUGAUACGCAGUAUUUACAGACCACCUUCAAAGUUUCAAAGCGUCAAUCAUUUGCUCUGUCUUCAAAUCCAGGGAAUUCAGAAAAGAAAUAUCCCCCAGACUCUACCCCUUCCAGGCCCUUAAGGAGACAAAAUCCAAAAUUCGCUCUGGAAUGUGAACUGAAAGAAGAAAAUCAGGGAAAGAAAGAGUCUAAAACCGAGCAUGUGCAGGCAGUACAUACAUUUGCAGACUUUACUUUGGCUUAUCAGAAAGAUAAGCCAUGUGAUUCUGCCAAAUGUAGCGUAAAAGGAGUCUCUAGGCUUUGUCAGUCAUCUCAGUUCAAAGGCAAUGAAACAGAAAUCAUUAUUGCAAAUAAACAUUUAAUUUUACAAAACCCAUAUCUUAUACCACCACUUUCUCCCGUUAGGUCAUCUGUUAAAGCUACAUAUAAGAAAAACCUGACAGAGGAAAAGUUUGAGGAACAUUCAUGGUCACCCGAAAGAGCAACAGGAAAUGGGAGCGUCAUUCAAAGUACAGUGAGCAUGGUUAGCAAAAAUAACAAUAGAGAAAACACUUUUAAAGAAGUCAGCUCAAGUAGUAUUAAUGAAGUAGGUUCCAGUACUAAUGAAGCUGGCUCUAGUGUUAAUGAAGUAGGUUCCAGUGGUGAAAAUAUUCAAGCUGAACUAGGUAGAAGCAGAGGACCUAAGUUAAAUGCCAUGCUAAGAUCAGGUCUUAUGCAACCUGAAGUCUAUAAGCAAAGUCUUCCUAUAAGUACUUGUAAACAUCCUGAAACUGAAAGACAAGGAGAAGAUGAAGGCAUAGUUCAGGUUGUUAAUACAGAUUUCUCUCCAUGUCUGAUUUCAGAUGACCUAGAACAACCUAUAGAAAAUAGUCAUGCUUCUCAGGUUUGUUCUGAGACGCCUGAGGACCUGUUAAAUGACAAAAUAAAGGAAAAUGAUAACAGCUUUGCUGACAGUGGCAUUAAGGAAAGAUCUGCUGUUUUUAGCAAAAGUUUCCAGAAAGAAUUCAGAAGCCCUAGCCUUUUAGACCAUACAUGUUUGGCUCAGGACCAUGGAAGAGGGAAAUUGGAGUCCCCAGAAGAGGAUAUGUCUAGUGAGGAUGAAGAGCUUCCCUGCUUCCAACACUUAGUAUUUGGUAAUGUAGCCAAUAUACCUUCUCAGUCUCCCAGAGAUCCUGCCACAGGGGGUUUAUCUACAAAAACAGAAGAGAGCCUAAUGUCAUUGAAGAAUACUCAUGGCAGUAACCAAGUUACAUUGGCAAAGGCAUCCCAGAAACAUCACCUUAAUGAAGAAGGAAAAUUUUCCAGUAGCUUAUUUUCUUCACAGUGCAGUGUAUUAGAAGACUUGAAUGCUAAUACAAGCUCUCUGGAUCCUUUCUCAAUGUUUGAUCCUCCCUCCAAACAAUCGAGGCAUCAGUCUGAAAAUGAAGAAGUUCUGAGUGAUAGGGCGUUGGCUUCAGAUGAUGAUGAAAGGGAAACUGACCUGGAAGAAGAUAAUUACCAAGAAGAGCAGAGUAUGGAUUCAAACUUAGGUGAAGCAGCAUCUGUGUAUGUGAAUGAAACAAGUCUCUCUGAAGAUGGUUCAAGACUGUCCUCUCAGAGCGAUAUUUUAACCACUCAGCAGAGGGAUACCAUGCAGGAUAACCUGAUAAAGCUCCAGCAGGAAAUGGCUGAACUGGAAGCUGUGUUGGAGCAGCAUGGGAGUCAGCCUUCUACCAGCUCCCCAUCCCUCACAGCCGCCUCUUGUGCCCCUGAAGACCUGCUAAAUCUGGAACAAAACACAGCAGAGAAAGCAGUAUUAACCUUAGAGAAAAGUAGUGAAUAUCCUAUGAGCCAGAAUCCAGAGAGCCUUUCUGCCAACAAGUUUCAAGUAUCCUUGGAUAAAGAACCAGAAAUAGAAAGGUCUUCCCCUUCUCAGUAUGUGCGCAGCCCCUCAAGAAUCCUUCAGAGCAGGCAUUGCCCAUCUCAAAAGGAACUCACUAACAUUGAUGUGGAGGAGCAACCACUGACAAAGUCUGAGGGCCAAGAUUUAAGGGAGCAGUCUAAUUUGCCAAGACAAGAUCUAGAGGGAACCCCUCAUCUAGAAUCUGGAACCAGCCUCUUCUCCAAUGACCCUGAAUCUGAGCUCUCUGAAGAAAGAGCCUCAGCACCAGCUCAUGUUUGUAGCCUGCCAGCUUCAACUUUUACCUUAAAAUUGCCCCCAUUUCAAGGUGCAGAAUUUGCCAAGAGUCAAGCUGUUGUUCAUAUUCCUAACACUGCUGGGUAUAAUGCAAGGGAAGAAAGAAUAAGCCUGGAGAAACACAGAGUCAACAAAAGAAUAUUUAUGGUGGCAUCAGGCUUGACCCCAAAAGAAUUUAUGCUUGUGCACAAGUUUGCCAGAAAACACCACAUCACUUUAACUAAUACAGUUACUGAAGAGACUACUCAUGUCAUUAUGAAAACAGAUGCUGAGUUUGUAUGUGAACGGACACUGAAAUACUUUCUGGGAAUUGCAGGAGGAAAAUGGGUAGUUAGCUAUUUCUGGGUGGUCCAGUCUAUUAAGGAAAGAAAGAUCCUGGAUGAGCAUAAUUUUGAAGUCAGAGGAGAUGUUGUCAAUGGCAGAAACCACCAAGGUCCAAAGAGAAGCAGAGAAUCCCAAGAUGGAAAGAUCUUCAGGGGCCUUGAACUCUGUUGCUAUGGACCCUUCACCAACAUGCCCACAGAUCAACUGGAAUGGAUGGUACGUCUCUGUGGGGCUUCUGUGGUGAAGGAGCCUUCGUCAUUCACCCUUGGUGAGGGCACUCACCCAAUUGUGGUCGUGCAGCCAGAUGCCUGGACAGAGGACAAUGGCUUCCAUGCAAUUGGUCAGAUGUGUGAAGCACCUGUGGUGACCCGAGAGUGGGUAUUAGACAGCGUAGCCCUCUACCAGUGCCAGGAGCUGGACACCUACCUGAUACCCCAGAUCCCCCCAAGCUGCUGAUUCUAGCCAACCAUACACAUAGGGCCAGUCUCCACAGGAUUCCAAGAAAUGAAUUUAAGUAAUGGCCUUUUUCCAGGCCUUGGGCAUUCCUCUUCAAUCUUUUCACAGUCCCAGUUACUAAAUAUUUUAUGCACAUCAGCCUGAAAAGAACUUCUGGCUAUGCAAGGGUCCCUUAAAGAUUUUCUGCUUCAAGUCACCCUUUGAAAAUCUGUCAUGAGUACAAAAUUGUGGUAAUUUUUCACCUGAAAAGAAUUUAAAACUAUUUAAACCCCACCAAUUGAGCAAGGUGCGGAUUCAUUAUAUAUCAGUGCUAUCUCUUGUACUGGGGCUGUUGGCUUAGAGCGAGAGGCACAGAGUAGCUAGCCUUAGGAGAAUAGCUAGUUUCUCUGAAUUUGUUUCUCUAAAAACCCUGUGUUCAAAGGCCAAGAGUUUGACCCUUUGAUGGAAGGCAAGCACUUGGGCAUCUGUUAUUAUGUGACUUAGAACAGUCCUUGGGCAGCUCUCAAUGUUGAACUGAAGCAUUGGGGAGGGAAUUCAGAGGCAGGGAAUGGAUAUAAAUAUGAAACUUCAGGGUAAGUCAGAGGAGAAGAGGAGUCAUGUUGAUUCUAAUCUCCAAAAGUCAGGGCUGUAUUGCUAAAGAAUUUCUUAGCACUGAUGUAUUAUAAAACAGCAGAGUCUUUUCAAGAGCUGGUGUCCAAAGAGAAUCUUCUAAUUCCCCAGUAGUAAUAAAUAAAAUGUUUAUUGUUGUAGCUCUGAUAUAUGUAACCCAUUCCUCUUGAAAUAUAAGUUAUCUGAUAUGAAUAUUUCAUGUCUGUAAAGUGACGGAUCCCACCAGGAAAGGAGCUGUUGCUUUCCUUGAGGUAAUUUUUUUCCCUUUACUCCCUAUUGCUGAACUGUACAGCUUCAUAAGUAAUUUUGUUUGCUGAAGGAAGAAAAAGUGUUUUUCUUAAACUCAUUAUCCAGAACUGUUUAUAACUGUUGGAAGGACUAGGUGGCCUCCCUUGGCCCCCCAGUUUGUGAGGGCAAUGCAGACUUGAUUGUAUUAAAUAUGUUUUCUAAAUGUUAUACUGUUAUACUGUUUACCUGCAAAUAAACUUGGUAGUAUACACC